CGUGCAUUCACAUAUUUUUCUUCAACUGUAUGUAUUGCAAUUAUUAAUAUUCAAAAAUGAAAGAUCAUCGACCUUGGACUCAUGGCUAACAACUUGAUAACAGAAAAAGAUAGAAGCCAACUUAAAGUAGUUUUAUCAUUUUGGACCUUGUUCUCUACCAAAGGAUUAUAAAAUGAGCUUGAAAAAUCUUUCUAAAUUGCGGAAAAUUCUUUUUCCCAAGUCAUUAUCAUUGAACGUGAUAGACAGAUCAAUAUUCAUCAAUAUGCGAAAGCUAUCGACCACCUCUAAUGCAGUUGAGGAGAAGAAAGUGCACGUUAAUGGAGUUGACAUCAAUUAUGUCAAAACUGGAUUAGGAGCUCACCCAGUUUUAUUGCUUCCUGGUGCUUUAGGAUCUGGAUGGACUGAUUUUAAACCUCAGAUUGAGAAAUUAGACAAAACAAAGCUGACAGUCGUUGCUUGGGAUCCACCAGGCUAUGGAAAAUCAAGACCACCAGAUAGAAUUUUUUCAAAAGAUUUCUUCGAGCGUGACGCUCAGUACGCCCAUGAUUUAAUGAAGGUACUAGGAUUUUCAAAGUUUUCUCUCAUAGGCUGGAGUGAUGGAGGUAUAACUUCACUUAUACUGACGGCUAAGAAUCCAGAAAGUGUUGAUAAAUUAGUCAUUUCUGGAACUAAUGCCUACAUUCUUCCUCAAGAAAUCAAGAUCUAUGAAGGUAUAAGAAAUAUUGAUUCAUGGUCUGAGCGUAUGAGAGCACCCUUACUAGCUCUCUAUGGCAGAGAUUACUUUCAAAAAAUGUUAAACGCGUGGGUAGAUACAAUGAGUAAUAUUUACCAGACGAAGAAUGGCGACCUUUGUAAAGACUCAGUUACACAAAUUAAAUGUCCUACACUAAUUAUGCAUGGAAGAAAAGAUGUUAUGGUUGACCCAGAACAUCCGGUUUUUUUAAAAAAGAAUAUUCCAAACUCAAAGCUGGAAUAUUUCAAUAAUGGAUCACAUAAUUUUCAUCUGAAAUAUCAUGAAGAAUUUAAUAAAAUGGUGACUGAUUUCAUUAUCAAUAAUAACUAAAAAUACCGUUUUUUUAUUGUUCCAAAUAUUCAUAUUUCAGAAAUAAUUUUUAUGUAAAUACUUUUGAUUUUGUAAAUAUAUCAGAACUGACAUUUAAAAAAUGCUGCUUGAAUUUUAAACUUGUUUACCUAGACAAAAAACAAAAAUAAAACAAAAAAUUAUGAGAAGUGUAAGAAUGAUACAGCAUAAGU